AUGACCGAUCCAGUUGACCCCAACUUGACCCGAUCGCCCCGGCUCAAGCCUGAUGCCUCCGUAGAAACAGAGUUUCUGCGCAACUCAUCCAUCAUCAACAUUCUGCUGCAACCGACUUCUGUUCGUAACAGACUGACUACCAAGUUGAAACGCAAGUCUAGACCGCACUUGCGGAGGGCCGAAUCGCUUUCCGGUCAUCAGAAACUCGUAUUUUCAGUCGAUGACGAUAUCAACGAUGCCAUAGACGAAGACACAAACGAAGAAGACAUCGUGAGAGACCCGAUCAAAAAAGAGAGGGACUAUUUAGUGGGUUAUAACGAUGCGUUAAAGUCGUUAUACCAGCGAAAAAAGCACGCUUCAGUCGCCCCUGCUGCUGGUCCUGGCACCAAAUCGCCUGAACUUAUUGCCGAAUUAGAGUCACAUAUCGCCAAAGACUUACUUGAUGCUAGGGACAAUAUCCGGUUACUCGAUGAAGAGAGAAGGAAAAGCUCCGAGAACAUCCUCUUGGUAGACGAAGUAGAUGUCGAUGAAGGAGAUGAUGACGAUGGUGAUUCUGUUAAGUCAUCUUCACUGUCGCAGACAGUAGAAUCAUUGAACUUGCGUGAAAGACAAGAUGCCAUUAAUUCAACCCAUCCCUUUGGUAUCAAGAUCUGGAAGCCUUCAUUGUACAAGAAAAAGAGAUCUGUAGCCGCCAGGGCUGAGGAGGACAUCCACGACUUUGACCCCAGAAAGCCUACGGCCCGAAUCUUUUGGGGUGUUACUAUCACCAACUACAUAUGGUCGUUGACUUUUGGCCUUCUUUUGUUCCUUGUCUGUUUGCUAGGAGCGUUCAUUGCAUUUGUGGUUUCUGGCUUUGGAAUCCAUCGUCCUCUGAGACAGUAUGUCACCCUCUUGUUGAAAUUGGGAAAGUAUUGGUUGUAUCCUUUUGGGAAGUUUGUACUCUUGAACAAGGACGAGAACUACUUGGAUGAAGACGAAUUGGACGGAAGAUCCAUAUCUGAAUUCCAUAGAUGGAGAUUGCAAGAAGAAGGAAGAUUGUUUUUUGCUCCUCCAAGAAGAUACACCACAGGUGCAGAAUCCAGACCUUUACUUAAGGAUCACAAGGGUCGUCCACUUCGCGAUGCCUACUCUUCGUUAGAUGAACAUGAUUCCAAUGGUGAUGCAGAUGCUGCUCCAGAAGAUCCUACCGACAGUCCAGACAUUAAGGUUCGUUUCUUUGGUAGAGGUAGUUGGUCUUCUGGAAGAUUGAUCUUCUACAUCUUUUUCUAUGGAAUUCUACAGCCAGUGUUGUAUAUUGUAGGUUUGCUAUGUUGGUUAAUUGUUUUCACCAUCCCCAUGGCCAAUAUCACCUUCAUUGUCUGCGACCAUUUGAGAAGACAUCCUCUUGCUCUCGAUUUCGAGUUGGAGAAGGAGUACUACAAGAAGCUUGAGAAAAGAAAGAAGAAGAAGAACCAGAUGAUUGUAGUGUCUACCUACAGAUGUUGUGGAUUCCAUUAUUACAAAUAUACCAUAGACGGUACUAAUAUCUUUUUCAUCAAUUUGUUGACGGUGGUUCUUUUCGUCAUUUUAGACUAUUUCUUCUUGAAGGAGAAAUUGCACUGGGACUAUUGGUUUACAGACUCGUCGUUUUUAUUCUGUGCGUGUCUCUUUUCUAUUAUCCCAUUGGCCUAUUUCAUUGGACAAGCGGUAGCUUCGAUCUCGGCUCAAUCUUCUAUGGGCGUAGGUGCUGUGAUCAAUGCCUUCUUUUCAACAAUUGUUGAGAUUUUCUUAUAUUGUGUUGCUUUAAAUCAGUCAAAAGCAAAAUUGGUGGAAGGUUCAAUGAUCGGCUCGAUUCUUGGUGGUGUUCUUUUGCUUCCUGGUUUAUCCAUGUGUGGAGGUGCUCUUAAGAGAAAGACCCAACGAUACAACCCCAGAUCUGCUGGUGUUUCUUCAACUAUGUUGUUGUUCGCUAUGGUUAUAAUGUUUGCACCUUCCUUAUUCUACCAAAUUUAUGGUGCUUAUGAGAUCAAAUGUAUGAGGUGUGAUAUACAAGACGAUUGCACCAAGUGUCGUUUUAUCCAGCCUACAUUCACUCUCGAUGUGUUGUUCUACAACAUUAUUCAGCCUUUUUCAUUAAUUGUAGCUAUAGCUUUGUUCUUGGCUUAUGUUUGUGGUUUGUAUUUCACAUUGAGAACCCAUGCUUCUUUGAUUUGGGCCACAACCAUUCAUGAAGCUGGGCCCAUGAAGAAAGAUGAUGGCUAUUUCAGAUCACCUAGUAUUUCAAGUGUGGCUACUCCUCAACAACUUCCCAAAUUGGGCAAUAUCAAUACCAAACUUUCUUCUCUUCCACCUUCUGCCACUGCUAUUUCCAAAAAUGGAGGAGGGCACGAUGCUCCAAAUUGGUCUCGUAAUAAAUCCACUAUAAUAUUGCUAGGUGCUACGUUACUCUAUGCUAUAAUUGCUGAAAUCUUGGUUGACAAUGUGGACUCGGUUUUGUCGAGUUAUCCAAUUGAUCCUAAAUUCUUGGGUUUGACAGUGUUUGCCUUAGUGCCAAAUACUACUGAAUUCCUCAACGCUAUUUCGUUUGCUAUUAGUGGAAACGUUGCGUUGUCAAUGGAAAUCGGUAGUGCCUAUGCCUUACAGGUUGUCUUGAUCCAGAUUCCAAGUUUGGUUCUUUAUUCAAUGUAUAUGGCCAGCACUGAUGUGAGCCAGAUCUUCACGUUGGUUUUCCCUAGAUGGGAUAUAAUCGCUACUUUGAUUUCAAUUUACUUGUUCACGUACAUCUACGCUGAAGGCAAGUCUAACUACUUCAAGGGUGUUAUAUUGAUAUUAAUCUACGCUGUGGUCAUGAUCGGCUUCUGGUUUAAUGAUAAAAUCAUUGCAUUGGACGACGGUUACUCUGGAGGACCCGAACUUUUUCGCUGA